AUCAACGACGAUUAUAAUCACAGUUGUCUCGCAAUUUAUCUUUGUCAUCUUUUAGCAGUACCUUUGUUUUAGUGUUGUUGACAUUGUGUUUUACUAAAAAAUAUAAGAUGAAAAAAUAUUAAAAAUAUAAAAAUCUGUGUAAAAAAAAAUUUUUAAUUAAAAAUUCAAGAUUUGUAGAUAAUUUAAUUGACGUAAGGCUAAAACAGAGCUCUAUUUAGAUUUUUAUUUCGUUAAUCGUUAUCAUGUUAAGCUCCUGGUCGCUGUUGUAGAUUUUAAUUAAAAGAGUCUUGACUAUUUGAUUAAACGACGAUUUUAUCACAGAUAUAUUUUUUUAAUUCAACAAAGCAUGCCUGACAGUGCAGCUGUUUAUCGACCUACCACAGUGGGUUACAGUUAUGAAGCCAACGGAGAUGGCAAUGAAAGUGGUGUUGGAGUUGGAGGUGGUGUUGGAAUAAGAAAUGGAUUUUCACGAAUUAUUUUUAGGCACAAAGUUAGCACACGAAAAUGGCUCCAAUGGGUUUUGCUGUCAGUGGCACUUUGUGCUACUCUUGCUGGGCUUACCACGAUGAUGGUUAAUGUAAUAGCUUCUGGAAGUUCUCGACCUUCUGAAGUAGUCCAGGAUAAUUCAAAGAACGACUCAAAAUCUGACACAACUACAAAAAUGGAAGAUGUAAAUAAUCAAGAUUCUAAAGGAUCACUAGCUGCUGGAGCCAGCAUUACUCUGAUAGGAUUAGUAAUGGGUGCUCUUUGGGCUUGGUUACGUUUCUUCCGGCACGGUGGAAAAUCACAGAGAGGUGGAAUCAGUCGUGCAAGUGGACAGAUGUUGGGCGGUUUGAAUCCAUCAACUGACUUGCUGGUGGGUUCCACUUCGCAGUACGGGCCAGUACUCACUGAGGUGCCGAGCCAGAUGACCAACAAGCAGAUGAUAAAUGAAACGCGAGCUGUUCCGAUGUCUGAUCAGGAAGAGGAGACACACACGCUUAUGCCAGAUUCAACAGCUAUUCCAUCAGCAGUCACCAAUGAAUCCGGUCAUCCUACUAAUCAAGCAGGCUGAGUACAUGAUUAUUUAGAGUAAUCCGUAUACAAAAAGCUUUAUCUUAUCUUGCGCUCCAUUUUAUUCGUUUAGAAUAAGUCAUGUAGUUUAAUAACUCUUGUUGUUUAACAACUAUUAAAUUAACUUUAUUGUUCGACCUUCACUUUAUUUCAAACAAUUUAAAUUCAUUAUUAUAGAUAGUUUUUUUUUUUUUUUGGUUUUAUCUGUUAAAAAUAUAAUUAUAGAAAAACUCUGUGAUUCUGCGAAAGCAAAAAGAUAAUUUGUUUUUUUAAUUAAUUCAAUACACAACUAUUGAAGAAAAAAAAUGUAAAAAUAAAAACUACACUCUAUUAAUAAUUCAUAUUUAAGGUAUGUUAGGAGUUAUUGUUAAGUUGUAGAGUGUAUGUAAUUUUUUUAUUUUUUAUUUAAGCGUUAAAUCCGGACAUUUUUUAAUUAUAAUUAAAUUAUAAUUGUAUGUAAUUUUUAUUUUUAUUCCGUCCACUAACAAAACAAAUCGCAUAAAUUAAAAGUAUGGGUUAAGCUUAUUUACACUUUAUGAUCAACUUGUUAUUUUAUAAAAUACUUUUUGUUCAUUUAAUUUCUUUUUUAACUUACUGUUGUGAAAAGAAAUAAAGACUGAGUGAAUGGAAAAUCAA